GGGGGGGGUGUGGAGCGCCGGCCACGCCCUUUCGGACUGUUCGGCUCUCCUGGAGCGGCUGCUGGGACAGGGAGGAGAUGUGGACGCGGAGCCUGGUGCUCUCCGCCCCGGGGAAGGUGAUCCUGCACGGCGAGCAUGCGGUGGUGCACGGGAAGGUGGCCCUGGCGACGGCGCUGAACCUGCGGACUUUCCUCCGGAUGACCCCGCGGCAGGACGGGCGCGUCUCCCUGCAGCUGCCGAACCUGGGGAGCAGGCGGAGCUGGGAAGCGCCCGAGCUCCGGCCCCUGCUGGCGGCCGUCGCCUCCGGUGAACUGCCUGAAGCGCAGCCGCCCAGCGCCGAACAAGUGGAGAAGCUGAAAGAGUUUGCAGGGGGCGAUAACGGACGCGAAGCAGUCCAGACUGUAGCUGCCGCCACCUUUCUUUAUUUGUACUUAUCUGUGGCAUCCAAAUGCGGGGUUAUGCCAGCUGUUGACAUCUUGGUCUGGUCUGAGCUGCCCACCGGUGCUGGGUUAGGCUCCAGCGCAGCGUACUCCGUCUGCCUAGCAGCGGCCUUGCUUUCUUUAUGUGGUGCCAUCAGCUAUCCUCUGCAGGAGGGCCAAGAAGUAGCUAGGUGGACCACGGAGGAGCUGGAUGUGGUCAACAGGUUAGCCUUCAAAGGAGAGCAGGUGAUCCAUGGGAAUCCUUCUGGAGUGGACAAUGCUGUGAGCACCUGGGGUGGUGCCUUGCGGUAUAUUUCAGGAAAAAUCUCCGCGUUAAAAAGAGUGCCCACUUUGCGGAUUCUACUCACCAACACUAAAGUUCCACGCAGCACCAAGGUCCUGGUUGCGGGGGUUAAAGCCAAGCUCCUGAAGUUUCCCACUAUCAUGGAGCCGAUUCUCACUUCCAUAGGCGCAAUUUCUCGGGAGUGCGAAGGAAUUCUUGAGGCAAUGACUGGAGAGCCAUCGCAGGAAGACUACUCCAGGCUGGAGGAUUUGGUGGACAUCAACCAGCACCUCCUCAACGGCAUCGGGGUCGGCCACGCCCUGCUGGACCGCGUCUGUGAGGUCACUUCCUCCCACGGACUGCACAGCAAACUGACCGGGGCUGGGGGAGGCGGCUGCGCCAUCACUUUGCUGCGACCAGGCACCGCUCCUUCGGCGAUGGAAGAGGCCAUCCGAGACCUGACCCACUGCGGGUUUGAGUGCUGGGAGACGGUCAUCGGGGCGCCUGGUGUAAGCGCUCACGCCUUGCCGUGCCUGAGAGCGGAAGUGCAGAAGGCGUUGCAGGGCAGCUGACGGGGGCCGUGAAAAGCGACUCUUCCUCCACCUGGGACCAGCCCUGACUCGGACUGGACGUCCAGGCCACGCCCAAGGCAGCCCAGCGGGACUUGGUCAGUCAGGCGGGGAAGGGCGCAGGUCUACUCAGCGGGAGUGGGAGGGCAGGGAGCUGGGUCUUCCUAGCCACGGUUGACACGGCUCUACUGCUAACAGGGGUUUUGGGGGUACGCUAGUGUAAAUCCUUCCUUGCACCUUUUGCACACUACCAGGUCACAGGCCCUAAAAAGGCCAGGCCAGGUGGGGGGAGUUGCUCCCUCCCACAGGCCAUCUCC